AUGCGUCGAGAACUAGAACGCGAAUACGGCAUGGAGUCGUCUGCGUCGCUCAUCACAUCUUCCGAAAUGUUGGGCUCACCCACUUACAAUUACUCCGCCAUGCUGAGCCGUGAGGACUCAAGUGACAUUCCAGAGCACGACUACAUCCCACAACAGUCAGCGCGCGAGGUCUUUCGCGAACCCUCCGAUGCGCAAACCUACGGUGCUGUGAGUGGCUAUGGUACACACGACAACAACCGCUUCAGCACCAUGAACGCAGGCUCUCCGCGUCACUCCAGCAGCGGAUCCGGUAACGGGAUUGCGCCCGUCACAGCGUCUGGCAGUGUCUUCACGCGCGGUUCGCUGAUGGACCGCAACAUCGCAGCCGUAAGUGAACCUGCAACAGGUUUCAUCGAAAAGACGCAACAAUACAAAGGUCGCUACAGGACGUGGCCUGGUAUUCUAUUGCUAAUUUUAAUCGUUGGCGGCGCUGUGGUGGGUAUUACUUUGUCUGCACUUCACGCCAGCGAUUCCGCCACGACACGUCAAGAGGAAUACGCACAGCGAAAAGCUGACGGUGAGAAAAUUUCAGGUGGGGCAAGUGGCAGUGGCAGCGACUUGGUGUCUGAUGACGGAGAAGUGGGUAACCCCAAAUUGUACCCAGAAAUGGGCUGCGAACUCCCAGAUUACCAGAGUAAAAAUGGCCGGAUUGUUGCCGUAUCUGCCAAUGGCACUGAAGUGCCAGUGGACAUCAAAGGUAUCAACUGGUUUGGCAUGGAAACAGGCACCGCAAUCCCACUGGGACUCUGGGAUAACGCUGACAACGGUACGACGGCGUACCAGAUCGCGUCUUUCUUGGCCGACAACAAGUUCAAUGCUGUUCGUUUGCCACUCUGUGUCAACUGGAUCCUCACCAAUCCGGUGCCAGAGACGACACUGAUCAAUACGGCCGAGAACCGAGCGAUCUCGGUUAAAAACUACAUGUCAUUACUCAAGAGUAUUGUCAAAGUACUGGCCUACCGGAAAAUCGGUGUGUUGCUGAGUAUGCACACACUGACAUCCACAGAUAGUGGGAGUCUCUGGUAUAGCGACGAAAUCUCUCAAGAUGAUUUCUUGGAUGCCAUCGACACACUGACGAUGAAUCUUUGCAGUGAGUCAUACUGGAACAUCAUGGGCAUUGACGUUAAGAACGAACCUUCCAAAGCUACGUGGGGUGACGGAUCGGACACGGAUUUCCACGCUGGAGCCAAGAAGAUCGCCGAUCGAAUGCUAGACGGUUGUUCGAACUGGAUGGGCUUUGUGGAAGGCAUUAACGCUGACCACACAGUCACGAUCGAUGAUACUAAGUACGACUACUAUGACUGGUAUGGUGGUGGUCUGCAGGAUGCAGCUGACUACCCUCUGACGUUCAGUACGGACAACAAAGUAGUGUAUGCCCCACACUACUAUACUCCUGCUGUUUAUCCUCAAUCGUACUUCUACGAUGGCGGUACGCAAGGCGCCAAUGGUGCUAUUUCCGACUAUGUUGAGGUCGAUAACGCUACGCUCAAGUCUCGUAUCAAAGCCACAAUGGCUGAUAUGUUCGGCUUUUUGGCUGAUGACAACUCGUCUGCGUUGCUACUGGGUGAAUUCGGUGGUCUUUAUUCGAAAGAUCUGCACCCGGAGCUCACUACGCAACGUUGUACAGAUCUGAGUAUGGAAGUGAUCGUGGAAAGUGGCUGGGCUGGAGGUUUCGUGUGGUCUUUGAACCCCGAAAGUGCCUACCAAUACAAUCCUGCUGAUACCUAUGGUACGUUCACGGAAGGUAUCCUGGAGGACGACUGGCUUACCGCCAAUAGCGACUUCCUCAAGGGCAUGACUACCUUCAACGACCUGGCGAAUCUACGUUCGAUGCCCUGCUUUGAAGUGGAGGAGUCGUCCUCUGGAUCAGACUCAUCUAACUAG